GUUGUCUACUCCAACAAAGUCGUAAUAAUGUCAUCUUCACAUAGCUCAAUCCCUGGUCUCGAACCAACUUUAGCUAUCCACAACGAAAGAGAUAAUGACGAAAGUUGGCCAGAGAGAUUCUCCGGCUAAAGAAGAAGCUCCGCCGGCGACUAAAAAACGAUUUUUGACGCCGGGAAGAUUCGUUACAAUCUUGUGUAUCAUUAACUUGAUAAAUUACGUUGAUCGAGGAGUGAUCGCGAGUAAUGGUGUUAAUGGAAGCUCAAAAACAUGCGACGCCAAAGGGGUUUGCUCUGCAGGAACUGGAAUUCAGGGAGAGUUUAAAUUAACUAACUUUGAAGAUGGUCUUUUGUCAUCUGCGUUUAUGGUUGGACUUCUUGUGGCUUCUCCAAUAUUUGCUGGAUUGUCCAAAAGAAUCAAUCCUUUUAAACUAAUCGGUGUUGGAUUAACCGUUUGGACUAUCGCUGCUCUUGGUUGCGGGUUUUCCUACAACUUCUGGAUGAUUGCUGUUUUCCGAAUGUUUGUUGGGGUUGGUGAGGCUUCCUUUAUUAGUCUUGCAGCACCAUAUAUCGAUGAUAGUGCUCCUGUUGCAAGGAAAAAUUUCUGGCUUGGACUGUUCUACAUGUGUAUACCAGCAGGAGUUGCUCUAGGCUAUGUGUUUGGUGGAUUCAUUGGAAACCAUUUAGGAUGGCGUUGGGCGUUUUACAUAGAGGCAAUUGCAAUGGCUGUCUUCGUCGUUUUGUCCUUCUGUAUCAAACCACCGCAGCAGCUAAAAGGUUUUGCUGAUAAAGAUUCGAAGAAAUCCUCUACAUCUAUUGAAACGGUCGCUCCUACGGAUGCAGAAGCUUCACAAAUUAAAACCAAAACCCCCAAAUCCAAGAACCUGGUUGUCCUAUUUGGAAAAGACUUAAAGGCUCUUUUCAGCGAGAAAGUAUUUAUAGUAAACGUUCUUGGUUACAUCACCUACAACUUUGUGAUCGGAGCUUACUCAUAUUGGGGACCAAAAGCCGGUUUUGGUAUCUACAAAAUGAAAAAUGCAGACAUGAUUUUUGGAGGACUUACAAUCAUCUGCGGAAUAAUUGGAACAUUAGGUGGAAGCUAUGUGCUUGAUCGCAUAAACGCCACUCUUUCAAACACGUUCAAGUUACUAGCUGCAUCAACUUUACUCGGCGCAGCGUUUUGUUUCACUGCUUUCUUGAUGAAGAAUAUGUAUGCCUUCAUCGGUUUAUUCGCAGUGGGAGAAAUUCUAAUCUUUGCACCACAGGCUCCAGUUAACUUUGUUUGUCUCCAUUGCGUUAGACCAAACUUGAGACCAUUAUCAAUGGCUUCUUCAACUGUUUUGAUCCAUAUCUUAGGCGAUGUUCCUUCUUCUCCACUUUAUGGGAAAAUGCAGGAUCAUCUCAAAAAUUGGAGAACAUCAACUCUUAUCAUUACUUCAAUCCUCUUCGUCGCAGCUAUUAUAUGGGGAAUUGGGAUAUUUAUGAAUAGUGUGGAUCGGUCUAAUGAAGUAAGUGAAGAUGAUGAGGUCGAAGAAGAGAAAUUGGAAAGCAAAGCAGAGAACUCUACUCUCGUCUAAUUUUUGAAGACAAUCAUUUUUUCUUCUACACGACCAAAUAAUUCUUAGUCCUUCCAUUGUUUGAUUGAACAACAAUUCAUUUGAUUCAUUUUCUUUUCCUUAGAUUCUCUCAGUUCCUUUUGUGUACAUAAACCUAAUUUUUUAGAAUAAAUUUAUUCUCUUUUUUCCUUCA